UGUAUAGUAUAUCAGGUUGCGUAAUAUGGUUUCUGUUUAUUUAGUUACAGUUUUCCAAGUGUCAUUUGAAGAACAAUGCAGUAAAAAAUCAUUUUACUCAUCCAAUGAUCUCAUGUUUACUUAACAUUUGUGUGAUCAUUUUUCUUUACAUACUGUAGAACCAUGUGUCUAUAAUCUCUGCUCUGACUGCAUCUUGGCUGUUUCCUGUUCCUGUAAUGGGUUUCUGUUCAAACGUGGAUAUGAUGCUCACCACAAGCUUAGCAGUCCAGGCUGACCUUGUGAACCCUGCACUGGGUUUCACUUAGAGAGGUUCCUCUUUGGAUGCAGCUUCAUGGAUGAAGACAGUAACCUCACAGUCAGUUGUCACCAUUUGAGGAGAUGUUUGACAGAUGAUUGAUUGGUUUAUGUUUAUUAUAAAUAUUCUAUGCAGAGACUGUGUGUGUGUCUGUUUAACAGCUCUGUUCACUGGAAAUAAAGACAGCAGCUAAAAAGGAAACAUCUCUCCAACUUACUUUGUUAGCAAAUAAAGGUUGACUACAAAUUUGAACACAACCAACAAUGAACCUCUUGUUGAAGACAACGCUGAACCUGCUUGAUAACAGUGACAUAAGUGGAGUUAUGGGCUGGGUUCAUAUUUAAUUUUAAUCGAAAAAGUAAAAAAAGUUUAACCAGCUGCACUUUACACAAGAUCGAUUUGUCACAAACAGCUUCAUCUAAAGCUGAAUACAGCUGUCACAAACUCAACACAUCCUUUUACAGUGUUCGACUAGAGCUGUAAUUAUUACGCUCGGGUCCAGUUUUGUUGAACCUAUUGUUUUGUCACAAACUCCCACAUUCACGUUCUCAUUGUUCACGAUGCGCUCCGUCCGACGGAUCACCGAUGCGCACGUGCGCGGCGCGCCGCGGCAGAUCAGAGCCUCCGCGCUCUCCGGUGGAGGUUGGUUGCGUUGCCGCUCUGACGUCAGCGCAAGCCGCAACGAGAGGCUGACAACAUGGGUAUAAAAGCCGGCAGGGAGGCCGGUGCUUGGCCGCUCCGAACACCGACGCGACGUCAGGCUGCGAGGAUGAAGAUGCGCCGUCCGAGGCUGACGUCCAGUGUUGCGCUGCAGCUGAUCUUCCUAUCUGGACUGCAGGGUGCCAUGUGGACAUACAGUGGCCCGGAGGGGCAGGACCACUGGCCCGAGCAUUACCCGUACUGCGGCGGAACCUUCCAGUCUCCAAUAGACAUCAAGUCGGAGCUGAUGCGAUUCGACCCGACUUUGCGUCCGAUCCAGGUCCAGAACUACAACCUGGCGCCCGGCGAGCAGCUCACGCUGGGAAACAACGGGCAUUCGAUACAAAUCUCGCUGCCGCACACGAUGCACAUCUCCAGCCUGCCCCAUCGCUACACCGCCGCCCAGCUCCACUUCCACUGGGGGUCCAGGGGCCGAGCCGCGGGCUCCGAGCACGUGGUCAACAGCAGGCAGUCGGCGGCCGAGAUGCAUGUGGUGCACUUUAACUCUGACCGGUAUCCCAACGUGUCCACGGCAGUGGACAAGUCCGACGGCCUGGCUGUGCUGGGGGUUCUGAUCGAGGUUGGUGAGUUUAAUCCCACCUUCGAACAUUUCCUGAAGUUCAUCAACGGGAUCAAAUACAUGGGUCAGCGGGUGCAGAUACCGGGCUUCAACGUCAGGGCGCUGCUGCCCGCGCGCUUGGACGAGUACUACCGCUACGACGGCUCCCUGACCACGCCGCCGUGCUACCCCAGCGUGCUGUGGACCGUGUUCAGGGACCGCGUCACCGUGUCCCACCAGCAGUUCCUGGCCCUGGCCACGGCCCUCUACGCCUCCAGCGCCCAGGACUCGGCCCCUCUGCCUCUGAACAACAACUACAGGAGGCUGCAGCUGCCCGACAGCCGCACCGUCCUGGUUUCUUUCAAGGAGGGCAGAGGGCCGCGCGGCGCGCCCGCCGUCGCGCCCCCGCUGGCGAGGAAGCGAGCGCUGCAGCAGCUGCUGGCCGGCGACCCGGCCGACGACGGGCCCCGCGGGCUCCAGCCCAGCGGCCCGCGGACGGCCCACGCCGGCAGGGAGAGCGACCGCGGGGACGAGGCGAGCGAGUCCCGGUCCAAACACCGGGCGCCAAACGCUCCCCAGAGCAGGCGCCCCGUGGGGCUGCCUGGAGAUGCUCUGUGCUACGUCUCGCUGGAGCGGAGGGUCUCCCAGCGGCUCAGACGCGCCCACGCUGGGGAGCAGCUGGUCCACGCCCUCAGGGACGAGGUCUUUCCCGAGCUCAACCUCAGGAGCUACCUGGACUGUAAAUCAGACCUGGCGCCGCCGACCAUCAGACGCGUCCUCCGCGGGCGGCUGACGGACGAGGAGCUGGAUCGCUCCCUGACGAAGGCCGUGAUGAGCAGGAGGAGGAGCUCCACAGCCAUCAGGAAGAGUGUGCCGGCGACUAAACACAGUCUGUCUCCCGCCGUUGUGAUCAGGAAAGCAGCCAGUCAGGCGUCUCCGCACCCUUGGCUUCUACCCAUGGAGUGGGAAGACUAGACGCUGUAGCUGAGACUCACAAUACGCCACGUCCUGCGUUCUCUCAAAUGUAUUUAUUAUUAAGUUAUUAUAUCUGAUGAAGUCUAUAAAGAGUUACACGUACGUACGUGGCAGCGCUGAGUAGACUCUCACCAUGAAAUCAGAUUAUGUAGAUCUGUGGAGGUAAACUAGGAUCUGUUUGCACACUAAGCUUUAUAUACUUAAACCUCUACAAUACACAGGUGCUUUCCAUGAACACAAGGAGCGUGUUGUAUACUGUAUGUCUAUUGUCUGCAGCGUUGCACUCGUUAUUAUUGCCUUGCACAAUAUAGAGCUGCAGCUAAACCGGAAGAAUUUGCGAGAACCUAAGAGCUUUACAUAACGUCCAUAAGUUGUGCGAUUUAGGCCGAGUACAGAAGCAAUUAGUGAACAGGGAGCAAACCCUAAAUGUAGGUAUCGCUGCUGCAUCUGCUCACGCUUCAGUAAAUACUGUAGCAGCGAAGUAACAGGAAGACGCUUAAGAAACUUAUCACAGUAAGACAUGUGUGAGACACAGAAGCACCUGUUCCACGUCUGAGGCGUCUGCUCCUAUGAAUGUUAAUUUCCCCCUCAUUUCUCUCUUUCUUGCUGCUCAGACGAGCUUCCCUGGUCGGAUUCUGGUAUGUCACAUUUGCACAGCCCUUGUUUUCCCUUUGAUGUAGAUUUGAUUUGAAGUCUUUAGCUUUACUUUAGCUUCAGGCAGCAUUGAGGUUUUCUGCUUCCAUACAGAUUUAACACAUGAGCAUGUAUGUUUGCUAACUGCAGGAAAAGAUAAUAGAUGAUGUAACAUCAAAAGCAUUUACACUUAAAACUAAUCGCCUAAACCUUUAUUAUAAUGUAGUUUGUAGUUUAGUACGUCAGAAUUAAAACCACGUCUCAACAAUGAAUGUUUAAUUCUGUUUUGUUGACUGUUUUAAUUGACUUUAAUUUCACCACACACACACACACAC